GGGUUUUCGACUAUACCGCGGCUCGGAUGAUGGCGUGAUGUUCUUUUCUUAGCCAGCGACAAUAACACGAAGGCGCGUUUUUCGAAUUGAUUGGUUGAUGAAAACCGGCCACAAGAUGGUCCGAUCGGCUCACAUGGUAUGACGAGCGUUUGUUGAUAGUAGAAAUGGGGCAGAAGAAGAAAUUGUCUUCAGACCAGCGGACGAAAUUUUACCGUCAGUACCAGUCAAACUGUAAUCCAAUCAACACGUGUAUCCUUUGGUGCGUUAGAACCGUGAUGUCUUCUCAACUGCUUAGAUCUUUGAUUCUGUGGCGGUGUGGCGCCUCAGGGAAAAUAUUAGAUAGAAUAUUGAUGCCGGUUUUCAAUAAGAAGUUGAGCGCACGAAUUGCCCGUUACCACACGCAAUCGGAUCUGCGAAAAGCAGCUAGCGCUAGUGCAACAAAGUUAGCGGAACCUAGGCGAGCUGCGGGUGCUAUGGUGCAGGCUUAUCAGCCCUCCCGCAAUGACCAGACAGAGCAUAAUCUGAUAGUGGAAUUCGGCGACGACCAACGGCUGGAAUUUCCGCUGGUUUGGUUGCGUGAUAAUUGUCAGUGUACGAAGUGUUUUCAUCCCAAAUCCAACAGUCGUAUUAUCGACUGGGAAUUGUUUGACGUGGAAGCGACUCAGUUUCCGCAGAGUACCACAUUAUCAGAGGAUGGCACUAAAUUGGCUAUUACUUGGAAUGAUGGCCACCGGUCUGAGUUUACUAGUGAAUGGUUGAUGGAAAGGAAUUUCACUGAAGAAAAUUGUCAACAGUAUUCGGAGGAUUGGUACCGGCCGAGACCACGGUUGUGGAGUAAGCAGCAGUUUGAGCAGGUUUUAAACCAUUUUCAGUAUGAGGAUGUGAUUAAUUGCAACGCGACGUUACUCGAGUGGGUUGAAGCUUUGAUUCACCACGGGGUGGUGAUGAUCCACGAUGCACCACUGGCGGAGAUGGAAUGUCGCCGGUUGGCUGAACGGGUUGGAUUUAUUAGAAAAACGCAUUAUGGUGAAGAGUACAUGAUAAAAGCCAAGGAAGGCACUAGCAAUGUCGCUUACCUGUCGGCUCCACUGCAGAUGCACACGGAUCUACCUUACUAUGACUAUCUGCCGGGGUGCAAUCUGCUACACUGUCUCGUCCAGUCGGAAUCUCAAGGGGGGCGCAAUCUGCUGUGUGAUGCUUUUUAUGUUGCGGAACGAAUGCGCCAAGAGUUCCCGGUGGAAUUUAAAGCCCUGAGCGAAACUCUCGUCAAUUGGAGCGAUCUAGGUGAGGAUGAAGGUUGGCAGUUUCACAGCAUCUAUCGGGCGCCGGUGAUAUGUAUCGGCCGCGAUGGGAACGUGGAACGAAUCAAUCACAGCAUCCCGCAAAGAGAUAGUUUCUUCAAUGUUCCGUUGUCAAACGUAGAGGGCUGGUACCGUGCGUUAACGCAAUUUGUUCGACUCAUCCAUCGGGAGGCGGUCCGAUUCAAAACUGCUCCGGGAGACAUACUUGCUUUCAGUAACGUUCGGAUGUUACACGGUCGAUCCGGUUAUACGGAUACGGUGGCCAAUACCCGGCAUGUUGUCGGUGCCUUUCUCGACUGGGACGAAAUCUAUUCCCGUUGGAGAGUCCUGAAGGGUAUGGUUCCGAAAAAUGGGUUGUGAUUUUAAACGACGGAAGGGGCGACGAUUGUCCUGUUUUCUUUUAACUUUCAAGCAAAUAUAUUUUUAUUAUUUCUUGACACAGCGAAGACUGUUAAGUAUCAAGUGAAGGGAAACACUUGUUUUGACACAAUUCAAUUGAGAAACUACGUUUAGUUAAUUUGCACACAUAUAAAAGACAGGUUCGGACAGAGUGUCGGUUUAUACUUUGAUAAUAGACUCUACGCUCUAGGAGAAUACACAUAAAAAGUCGUAAAUAAUAUAGUUUAUCUUGUAAGUAACAUCACAUUAAAUUUUUUAAAUUUUUUCCACGAUUUUCCUACAGCUUAACUACUAGAUCUAGAUAUGUACUUGCUUACUGACGAUUCGCAUUAUGAUGAUCUAACUAGAUAGCUAAUAAGGAAAGUGUACACAAAUAAACAGUAGAAUAAUGUUUCAA